UUUGUUCACUUUGAUUUAGAUUGUAUUUAAGUCACCAUUUAUUUUUCUCUCGUUUGCCCAACUUGAUUUAUCUUCAAAAAUUAGUUUUGUGCAUUAUUAUAUUUAGCAUUUUAUCGGAAAUUUUUAUUGUGCAGUUCGUGAAUAUAAAUAAAGUAAAAAUUGUCACUCAUUUUUAAAUAAUAUUUCGUGAAAUUCGAGGGAAAAAACAUGUCGGACCAAAAAUCAUAUGCACCGCCACCAAAUAUGUAUGGACCACAAGAUACGGACAAUAAAUUCAAUGGUGGUCAUCCAAGUCAAGCUGGAUAUGCACCACAACCAGGUUUCGCCCCAUAUGGAUAUCCAUCGAAUAAUGUACCACCCAGCAACUUGCAUGUGCCAAACCAACCCGACACCGAUCCAAUUGUGAAAGGUUUUGAAUUCAGUACAGAGUCGAUUCGACGGGGAUUCAUUCGUAAAGUGUACGCCAUUUUAUCGGUUCAAUUGUCGUUCACAUUUCUCGUUGUAAUGUUGUUUGCCCAUCACUAUCCAACAAGAAUUUUUGCUUUUCAAAACUUUUGGCUGUUUAUUGUGUCGAUGGUAAUGGUUUUCGUUACAAUAAUCACGUUGAGCUGCUGCGAAGGUGUGCGACGUACAUCCCCAAGUAAUAUGAUAUUCUUGGCCCUGUUCACGGUGGGCGAAUCAAUUUGUGUUGGAUAUGCCACACUGUCAUAUCCUCCAGAUGUGGUGAUGAUUGCAAUUGGAGCGACUGCUGUGGUGGUUAUUUCAUUGACCAUAUUUGCAAUGCAAACAAAAUGGGAUUUUACCGUGAUGGGUGGUGUUUUAUUCGUGGCACUUAUGUUGUUCGUUGUGUUCAGUUUUGUGCUCAUGUUCACACGGAGUGAGAUUGCUCAUUUGAUUUUCGCAGGAAUCGGUGCUUUGCUCUUCUCCAUAUACCUGAUUUAUGACACUCAAAUGAUAAUGGGUGGCAACCACAAAUAUUCAAUGAGCCCGGAGGAAUACGUAUUGGGUUCCAUUACGUUGUUUUUGGACAUUAUCAACAUUUUCUUGUACAUUUUACGUAUUGUUGGUGCAGCCACUAAGAACUAAAUAACAAUAAGCAUGUGCAUGCCUAAAUACAAACCUACCCCAUUUUGCAGUUUUUUCUAAUUGAUUUUUUUUUUAUAUAUAAAAAAUAUUCAAGUCAUAUUAACAUAAAGAAACAUCAAUUCAGGUGAAUUCAAAUUUGAAAAAUAUUGUGAAUGUCAUAACAUAGUCUUUUUUGUAAUGUUUACAACGAAAUAUUACAUUUUACUAAGGACAAAAUACUAACUAAUAAGAUAGCAUACAUACAUACAUACAUGCACAACGAUUACUUUGACAGUUAUAUUGAGUUGUUUUGUUAGCAUGCCUGUUUCUGAUUCAUAAUCGUUAUCGUUUCAAUGGGCCUUAUAUAGUAUAUUUACAUUUACAAUUGGCACUCAUUCUUCUCGUAUCUUCAGAGGGCGAGAUUCUAAAAAAAACACACACACACACUCACAUCAUAAUGGUUAUGAAUUGAAACAGUAAUUCAAAACAACUUUGAAUAGAGUAUCCGGGGUUCCAGUUUCUCUGGCAUGGUAUGAAUUUUUAAAUAGGGUAUAAAUUUGAAACAGAUCCCUCUCAAAAUUCAACGCAUUUUGAUGUAUAGAACACUUUUAUCUUCGUUGAUUACAAAGCAUUUCAGAGUGAUAGCUUACAUGUGUAUAUUGAAACAUUGAAAUUGUCUUAUUUUUACAAAACAGAAAGAAAAUAAAACCAUCAGGAUAAUAAUGUGCUUGAAAAAAUAA